AUCUCCGAUUGGCGGUUUCCGUACAAGAAGUCAUCGCAUCCGGUCUGCAUGCAUUACGGAAGGAACAAAGCCGUUGCCAACUUGAGGAACUGCGAGGACGGAGCGCUUCCGUCGGCUGCAAAGUACGAGUACAUGGAGGCCGGAGGUUGCCGUUGCCAAUUUUGUUUCUCAGCUGACACCAGCUGCGAGGGUUUACGUUACACGACACACCGAUCUCACUGAUCGCACCGCAAUUUGCAAACCUUCGAACAGCAGUGAAGACAGCAGCAAAACGAUGCCAACACAAUAAUAACAGAAAAGAAAAAAACAAUAAUAA